CCUCAGGUUAGACUUGAGCUCCGUUCAUCUCCGCCUGCUCAAGCCUCUCACAUUCCCAGUUUCUCAAAGAAUUGAAUCAAAAUCCUCCAAACUGUUAUCUUCAGCGUUGCCGUUUUCUUAUCGCUGGCUGGAUCUUAAGAUGGCACUGUACGGAUUAACAUUGCGCAAGGCAAAAGCGGACUUAUUUGACUGCUGUUUUGUGACUGUGAAACCAACCCUUUCAGACUGAACGCGUUUCUCGUCUUUCUCCAAUUUCUGGCGCAUCUUUGUUUUUUCUGGACACCGAGAUGCUUUUCGCUGAAGAGAAGUAGGCGCGUUAUUUCUUUUGGAUUAAUAUCUUAACAAUAUGCUUGUUAAUGUUGCACUUCCAUUUGUUAUAGUAUUAUAGAAUUUUUAAAGAUAAUUUGGAUAUGGAGCCAGGCAAGGAAAAAGCUCUCCCUACUACUAAAGAGGGGAUAAAACAAAUCGCCGGAAAGGCCCUCGGGGCUCUGUACAGGAGAAUUGAAAAGAAGCAGCAAACAGGUGAGGCGAUCGAGCUGACGGAAGAUGGGAGACCAAGAGAGGACCAGGAGCGGAAGACGCCCCUGUGUGACUGCACAUGCUUCGGGCUUCCGCGCAGAUACAUCAUCGCUAUGCUGAGCGGGCUCGGCUUCUGCAUCUCCUUCGGUAUCCGGUGUAACUUGGGUGUGGCCAUCGUCAGCAUGGUCAAUAACAGCACAGUCCAUCAAAAUGGCAAGAUAAUCAUCAAAGAGAAAGCAAAAUUCAACUGGGACCCAGAGACUGUGGGGAUGAUUCACGGUUCCUUCUUCUGGGGCUACAUAAUUACUCAGAUUCCGGGAGGGUAUAUCUCCUCCAGACUGGCUGCAAACAGAGUUUUUGGUGCUGCCAUCGUGCUGACAUCCACCCUGAACAUGUUCAUUCCCUCCGCUGCCCGAGUGCACUAUGGAUGUGUCAUCUUUGUGAGGAUAUUACAAGGGUUGGUGGAGGGAGUGACUUAUCCGGCUUGCCACGGGAUCUGGAGUAAAUGGGCUCCACCGCUGGAAAGAAGUCGUCUGGCCACCAUCUCCUUUUGUGGAUCAUAUGCUGGUGCAGUGGUCGCCAUGCCUCUGGCAGGGAUCCUGGUCCAGUAUACAGGAUGGUCUUCUGUCUUCUAUGUGUAUGGAUCCUUCGGGAUAGUUUGGUACAUGUUCUGGGUUUUGGUGUCUUAUGAAAGCCCAGCAGAGCAUCCAACCAUUACCGAAGAGGAGCGUCGUUACAUCGAGGAGAGCAUUGGUGAAAGUGCCCAGCUGAUGGGCGCAAUGGAAAAAUUCAAGACUCCCUGGAGGAAAUUCUUCUCCUCUAUGCCUGUCUAUGCAAUCAUUGUGGCCAACUUCUGCAGAAGCUGGACCUUUUAUCUGCUUCUCAUCAGUCAGCCUGCGUACUUUGAAGAAGUUUUUGGCUUUGAGAUCAGCAAGGUUGGAAUUCUGUCAGCUCUCCCUCACUUGGUCAUGACCAUCAUCGUGCCUUUAGGAGGCCAGUUAGCAGACUACCUGCGAACUCACAACAUCAUGUCCACCACUACGGUGCGGAAAAUCAUGAACUGUGGAGGCUUCGGCAUGGAGGCUACUCUUUUACUAGUGGUUGGUUAUUCUCACAGUAAGGGGGUGGCCAUCUCUUUCUUAGUUCUGGCGGUGGGUUUUAGCGGCUUUGCAAUAUCAGGUUUCAAUGUGAACCAUUUAGACAUUGCUCCUCGCUAUGCCAGCAUCCUCAUGGGCAUUUCCAAUGGUGUGGGAACCCUAUCAGGGAUGGUCUGCCCUCUUAUAGUGGGAGCAAUGACAAAACACAAGACCCGUGAAGAGUGGCAGUAUGUCUUCCUCAUUGCUUCACUGGUGCAUUACGGAGGCGUGGUAUUUUAUGGUCUCUUCGCAUCUGGGGAGAAACAGCCAUGGGCUGACCCCGAAGAAACCAGUGAAGAGAAGUGUGGUUUUAUAGAUGAGGAUGAGCUGGCUGAGGAGACCGGCGACAUCACCCAGAGUUAUGGCGCAAUGGGUGGUCCGGCGAAAAGCUACGGGGCCACGGCACAGCUAAACGGAGGCUGGGUGCAGGACUGGGAUAAGACGGAGGAAUAUGUACAGGAGCCAGCAGGAAAGAUGUACACUCAGCGUGGCUACUCUUAAACCAGACAGUUGUGGUGAGUCUGCCUACAAAAAAAAAAAAAAAAAAACCAGACUCUCCAUCACCACUUGCACAAAUAAGCAUUAUAUUAGAUGUUUAAAUCCAUUCUGUGUGUUAAAGUAAAAGAAGUUUCAAAAGCCAAUGUAAAGAACUAGUUAAUUGCAAUGCAGAACAAUCCUCAUUAGAUCCUCAUGUUUCUCAUUACAUCUACCUAGAGUAGGUCUUCACUAGAUAGACAGGAGUUGUAAAAUAAACUGCAGACCUAUGUUGUUCUGCUAUUUAGGACCCAAAAGUCAUCAGUCUACUUGAACAACAUGAGCCAAACGACACUGCAGUUGACCAUCAUGUAGGGUCUUUCUCUGAAAUACCACUCUUAUUGCACUGAAAGUAUUCUAAAAACAAGAUUCUGUUACUCAAAUAUGUUUUAUGUACUGUAUAUACCUGUAUACUGUUUCUGUGAGACUAUCGUGAAUUUUGGGUCGUUGAUCUGUGUGAACAUUAAUAUAAAAGGCCAUAUUUUUCAUGGACAGUACCUCUUCAGGGAGAUGUCUGCUUGCAAAAAAGGUCUUCUUCUUCUCGAGCAAGGCCUGUAAUACAAUAAAAGACAAAAAUAGCGUGAGUGAAGUUGAACCGUAGACAUUUAGUGUGUUUGUUGCAUGAAUUUUGCUCAGAUCAAUGUUUCAGAUGCAGCCGCCUCACAGCCACUGAUAGUCCCCAUUCAGCCUACCGCUUUGUUCUUAGGUAAGCAUCUCCUGCCAUUAAAAAUAAUGAGAUGAACUUUCAUAAUCAGGUUCUGGUCGUGACGUGAGACAAAUCAAAAAAGUUGUGAAGGCAACUGCUGCUCAGAAAACAUUGACUAUUGAUGUUUGGUGUGCACUGCAAUAAAUUUUGUGUACCAGCUGCCACCCAUCACAUUCUGUUUUGUAACGUAACACUGGCUUGCUGUAUCUAACUGUAAUUGUUUUGGAGUCAUGUGAUGAUCAACAUUAAGGUGUGUGUUUUAAUGAAUUACUAGUGUCUGGAAAGUCCAGCUUUCGUGCUCAUGAUGCAGGAGGAAUGCAGCACUAUGUAUGAACAACCAAGUUUUGUGAUCCCUCGAUGUUCCUUGGUUGUCGUCAUUGUCACCGAAAGUACUUUAUUGACACGUUGAUAUUGUCGCAUACGAGUGGACCUGAUGAAUUAAUAGAUGGCUCUUCCACCUGACUUUAUUUGCUCUUUAAACACUUUUAUUCAUUUUGCUGUAUGAAAUCUGCAAGGAUGUUUAAAAUAUAUGAAUAUCUAAGAAUGUUUAUGAUGACCAAAAGAUGCUAUUAUGGCUUUGUGCCUGAAGAUUAUGUAAACAGAUAAUUGUGAUUUUA